AGGGAAGGCACUUCAGAAGGAACCUUGCUCUGUUCAUCUUUCCUUUGUCUUCAGUCUAUGCGCUGCCAUGAGCCGACAGAUGAAUGCCAGGUCAUUGGGAGGAGGAAAGGGAUUUAGUGCUAGCUCUGCUCUUGUUUCUGGAGGGGUCAGGAGUAAUGCAUUCCCUCAAAACCGAAGGUGUGCGGGAGGUGCGAGUAGAAACUGCGGCUUUGGCAGCAGAAGCCUUUACAACCUGGGGGGGACAAAAAGUAUUUCCCAGAGUGUGGUUCCGGGAAACACCCGAUGUGGAGGUGGAUUUGGUGGCAGCAGUGGGUUUUGCUAUGGCGGAUUGGCCAGUGGUGGGUAUAUCAAUGGUAACAUUGGCAAUGGAAGAAACAGCCUGAGCUUUCUUUGCUACCCGCCGGGGGGAAUCCAAGAAGUGACCGUCAACCAGAGCCUCCUGGCACCUCUGAACAUGGAAAUUGAUCCUGAGAUCCAGAAAGUGCGAAAAGAGGAAAGGGAGCAAAUCAAGAACCUCAACGACAGAUUUGCUUCUUUCAUUGACAAGGUUCGCUUCCUGGAGCAACAAAAUAAAGUCCUGGAGACCAAAUGGAACCUCUUGCAACAGCACCCUGUCUCCCAAAUGAAGAACAGCGUCGAACCCCUCUUUGAAGUUUAUACCAACAGCAUUCGGAAGCACCUGGACUCGCUGCAGAGUGAAAAGGGAAAGCUGGGUUCCGAGUUCAAGAACAUGCAGGAUUUAGUGGAAGAUUUUAAGCACAGAUAUGAAGAAGAAAUUAACAGACGCACAACUGCUGAGAAUGAAUUUGUAUUGCUGAAAAAGGAUGUGGAUGCUGCCUAUAUGAACAAAGUGGAGCUGGAGGCCAGGGUAGCUUCUCUGACUGAUGAACACAACUUUCUGAGAUGCCUCUAUGAUACGGAGCUGGCCCAGAUGCGAGGACAGAUAAAUGACACCAGCAUAAUCCUUUCCAUGGAUAACAACCGUGACUUGGAUCUGGAUCGCAUCAUUGCCGAAGUGAAAGCUCAGUAUGAAGAAAUGGCAAGCAGGAGUCGAGCUGAGGUUGAUGCACUGUAUCAGAACAAGUUUCAGGAACUCCAGCUCACGGCUGGGAAACACGAUGAUGACUUGAAAAACUCCAAGGCGGAGAUUUCUGAGCUAAACAGACUCAUCCACAGGCUGAGAGGAGAAACAGAAAAUGUAAAGAAACAGUGCGUUCAUCUUCAGUCAGCCAUUGCUGACGCCGAAGACCGCGGAGAGACCACCCUCAAGAAUGCGAGGGAAAAACUAACAGAUCUGGAGAAUGCCACCCAGAAAUCUAAGGAAGAACUGGCUCGACUCCUGCGUGAUUACCAGGAACUCCUGAAUCUUAAGUUAGCCCUGGAUAUUGAGAUUGCCACCUAUAGGACACUUCUGGAAGAAGAGGAGUUCAGGUGGGGAUGA